AUGGGGAACAUCUUCGUGAAGAAGCCCAAGAUCACUGAAGUCGACAGGGCCAUCCUCACCCUCAAGACCCAGCGCCGCAAGCUCGCCCAGUUCCAGCAGCAGGUCCGCCUCCGCCCCUUCCCCUCCAAUCGCCUCGCCUUCCGCGGCACCCUGCCCUAUCUUGAGCUACGGAUGCUUGAGAAGGUAAUCGAAGCAGAAAAGGAAGCUGCACGGCAGCUGGUUCAACAGAAGAAGAGAGACAGAGCUUUGAUUGCUCUGAAGAAGAAGAAAGCUCAGGAAGAGCUGUUGAAACAAGUUGACACAUGGCAAAUGAAUGUUGAACAACAGCUGGCAGAUAUUGAACUAACAAGUAAACAAAAGGCUGUAUUUGAAAGCCUGAAGGCUGGAAACGCUGCCCUUAAGUCUAUACAGAAUGAGAUAAACAUUGAUGAUGUCCAAAAGCUGAUGGAUGACACAGCCGAGGCUAAGGCUUAUCAAGAUGAAAUAAAUGCUGUUCUGGGCGAGCAGCUCUCAGCUGAGGAUGAAGAAGCUGUUAUGGCCGAGUUUGAAAAUUUGGAAGCUCAGCUUGCCGUUGAGUCUUUGCCAGACGCUCCUGUUAGUGAAGUACGACCUGAAGAGAAAAUGAAAGGUCCGGCUGACACAGAAGCUGCACCUGAGGACAUCGAUGAGGUUAUUGAGCUUCCUGAUGUGCCUACGAAAGUGCCAGAGAGGCCUGAAGCUCCAGGAAUGACCAAAGGUUUUGAUCUCGUGUUAUUAUCGCAUUCUAUAUUUUGUUAG